UGACUCAAACACACAGACAGACAAACACCCACGCGUACUCAAUGUGGUGACGUGAGAGAGGCAGGAAGAGGAUCCGGUGGAGGCUACAAAGUGCACAGUCCUCAUUGACAGCAAUGGCGACGGAACCACCUGAUCCUGUUACUGGCUAAGGAAAAGGAAGAUGAGAGAAGCGAAGAGGAAAAGGACAAACUUGUGCUGGUGAUGUCUUUAAUCAAGGUGUGCUCGGACGCAGUGUCACAUGGGUGUUGUAAGAUGACCUCUGGGCUUGAUAUGUGAUCAUAGGAGGGUUCCGCAGUUGUUCCAGGGUUUAAAAGUUAAUGUUAAAACAUUCUGGAUGCUGAAUUUCUUCAACUGGACCUUGAGCUUUAUCUUCAAAACUGGUCUUAAUUUCACAGAGGUAUGGCUUCUAGUCUACAAGUGGAUUUUAAUCUUUCUUGACACUGAAUUUUUUCAAUUGGACCUUGAGUUUUCUAAGGUGCUCUCCAAAAGCUGGUCAUGUUGUCACAGUGGUGUGGCUUAUAAACUGCAGUGUGCUGAAGUUUGCUCAGUGAAAUAAGGACACCAAGCCUCAUCCAGGGAAAGACUGGCUAUUUUCCAGCCUGCUGCUUCAGUUAAUUACUGCUUCUGGAUUUCAGCAUGUUGGGAUUUUCAGGAGUCACAGUGGAGUUUUUUUCAAUCUAGCAGACAAAAGAGUCACCAAAUUUUUGUCUUAUUGGUUGGAAAGAUAUAAUUUGUUUCACAUGUAAAUGUGGACCAGUAAAAUGCAUUUAGUGUCAAGUUUGAUAGUGUGUAAACUACUUAAUUUUUGAGUUUAUUUUGUUGAGCAUUUUUGGAAAAUACAUUUCCAUUGUUGAGCCUCAUGAAUUUAAAGCCCCACUACCUUGUGAUUUUCAGGCAGAAACCAUGUCAUUUAGUUCUACUUUGAUCCCAGACUUGUGAGGACCAGUGAGAAGUGGCCCAUAUCUAGAACAUUGAAGUUUAUCUCAAUCUCAUUCCAUGCCUUUUGAGGGGGGAUGAUGAGGGAAAAGCGUUCUGGGUCUUUCAGGAGGGAGAAGGACAGGUCUGAGAAGCCAGCCCCUCUCUCCCGCGCUCUCAGCUGGCUGAGUGUGUCCUCACUGUCUCAGCAGACCCGUAAACUGUUCCACAGUCAGAGCGUGCUCCACAGACACUCCCACACCCCACAUAGAGUGGACGAAGAUGAAGAUGACUGGGUGUAUGCACCCCAGCAUGACAUAGCUGUGUCUAAUUUGGAUGAAGAGAAAAAGUGGACUGUACACUACACGGCUCCAUGGCACCAGCAAGAGAACGUCUUCUUGCCGGGCUCCCGACCUGCCUGUGUGGAAGACCUGCACCGUCAGGCCAAAGUUAAUCUGAAAACAGCCCUCAGAGAAUGUGAUAAACUGAGGAAAGAUGGGUUCCGCAGCUCACAGUACUACUCACAGGGUCCCAGCUUCACAGGUCCCACACAAACCCAACAUGAGGAGGAGGACUCUGAAGUUGAUGAUGCUGAUAAAAAGUCCAUUGCAUCUUCAGGAGAGGAAGAGAAGGACUCCUACCAAAUGAGGGAACAGAGUCCAGCACAGGGGGAGGGUGCUGAGGUUGAUGGACAAGGGCCGCGAACCAAAGCCCCACCCCUGCCCACUCCAGAAGAGAAGAUGAGGCAGGAGGCUCAGGCCAUUCUCACAGAUAUUAUCCCCAUCAAUGUCACAGGGGAGACAUUUGACAGGCAGGCCAGCAUCCGCCGCUCCCUAAUAAACACUGACACUCUGACCCACCGGCCCAAGAAGGUUAAGCGGAGAAAGACUAUAUCAGGCGUACCUGACAGCGUCCAACGGGAACUAGCAGCAAAAGGGCGUGGAGGCGAGCUUCGGCCACAGUCCAUGUUUAUCCCUGGACAGUAUUCAACACUUGGGCGAGUUGUGAGUGGGAAUUCAACUCUACGUCGAUCUGAGACAAAAGAUUCUGGCUGCCAGACUGAGGAGGUGAAAAUCGUCCCACCUUCUGUGAGGAGAAUACGGGCUCAGAAGGGCCAAGGAAUUGCUGCUCAGAUGGCUGGCAUCUCCACCUCUGCCACCAGCAUCUCUGCUGUGUCUGAUGGGAGCUCCCUUGGAAGUUCAAUAAUUGGAAUGGCACCCAAUUUUAGUAAUGAUAGCCAGCGAUUCCACAGCUUGCCCAGAGGUGCACGGGUCUCUCUAAAUGCAGAGCCCCUUUAUAGUAGUACCCCGUUCAGGAAAGAAGAUUCCACAGCAAAAGCCCUUCAGCCAAUUGGAAAAUUACAGGUCGAUGACACUGUGGUGCACAUGAGGUGUGCCCCCAGGGCAUGCACCCUAACCCGCCCAAAGUCUCAGGAGGUGAGAGGUACUCAACGGGAAUGGGGAUCUGUCUCCGGUCCCGCUUGUGUAGUUUCUCCACAUGCAGCCUACUCAACUUCACUUAUACCUAAUGCUACUCUGUCAUGUUCCACUGAGGUUAUUGCACUUCAUACCACAUCAAGCUCUGGCCAGAGCCUAAUUGGUGGGUCACCGUACCCUAAAGCUAGGCCUCAUAGCAUGAUUUCAACUGUCAACAGUGAGAGCACCAGUAGUGUGGCCACAGGUUCCCACACACCAGAAGCAGGCAUUAAGGAUACCUGCAGUGAGACUGGCCGGUCAGAUAGCAGUUUGCACAGCCACAGCACAAUUGCCGCAGGAACAAUGUCUUCGGACGAGCAAUGGAUUUAUGACACCCCUGAAAAUGUGUUGCCCAAAAGGACACUGACUUCGAGCUGCUCAACACCCAUAAAUCAUCUCUAUAAUAGCCUUGAACGCUCCUCAAAAGGCACAGAUUCUAGUUCACUCUACUCUAUGGACAAUGAUGGCUAUUACACUUCUAUGCAUCUGGAUUCAGGCCUUCGGUCAAGGAGCCAGGGUAGUGGCCAUGGUCAUGGCAUAGGAGGCAGGGCAUCAAGACAUAGUAUGUAUGAGUGCCUGGGUCAGCAAGAAGAUCAAAGCAGCUUGUACAGCUCACUGUCACGCUCCAUCUCCCUACGCAAGCCUAAGAAGCCACCUCUUCCUCCAGCACGCACAGACUCUCUACGUAGAAAGCCUAAGAAAACCAACUCUCCCAAUGUUGAUACUGGAGGGUCUGUUCUGAAUGAGUCAUUGAUUGCCACACUCCAACAGUCACUUCAGAAUGGGCUGAAAGUGAAAGGGUUGUCCACCUCACCAUCUCACAGUCCUUGUAGUGACUAUGAGGAUCCCUGGAUGCUUCGUCCCAGGAGCCAGAGCAGCAUCAGUGCAGGCAGCAGUGGCAUAUCAGCAACAGGGAUGGCUAACGUUUAUGCCAUCUGUCACGUCACGCCAUCUCACAGUGACACUAGUAGCCUGCGUUCUGAUUAUGCAGAUUCCUGGGGCUACUACAUGGAUUACCCUCGUCCAUCUGGUGAUCAGACGCAGUCCCCAUGCAAUAAUGCACUAUCUGCAGGACAAGCAGUUGAGAUCACAAAUGGAAGGGGUUUCCACAGUGGUACCCAGACCACCCUUCUUCCUCCUCAGGAAGGAAGUGAUGUGUCGGUAAAGGCCAGAACAGGCACCUCUUCGCCAGACAGGGUGCAUCGGUUGACUUCUCCAUCAAGUGGGUACUCAAGUCAGUCCAACACUCCCACAGCUGGCACUCCUGUCCCCUCCUUCAUGAGGUGCAUGUCCCCAUCAGGCAGCAAGCCCAAGCCCAGAGUACCUGAAAGAAAGUCGUCCUUGAUCUCAUCUGUAUCCAUCUCCUCUUCUUCCACCUCUCUUUCCUCCAACACCUCUGAUUCCAUCAGGAACAAUGUCCCUCUGCCACCUCCUCUUCAGGCUGACCCUGUGGCUCAUUUACCUUUCAACCCUCCAUCCUAUCCUCCUCCCCUUCCUCCCUCCAGCCCUGUGUGCAAUGCAAACGAGAUAUUUCCUCCUCCACCGGUUUUACCUAUGAGCCCUCAUCAGCAAGCAUCUAUGUACACUCCUUACAUAAAAUCCUCCCCAGAAUUUCCACCUCCUCCACCUCCAGAGGUGUUAAUUGACCCUGCCUUAUCAAGCCUUAAUAGUUCUUUUAGCCCUCCACCUCCUCCUCUGCCACCCCUCCCUGCUUGUUCUACCAUCCCUCUUUAUCCCCCACCCCAAUUUCCAGUCCUAUCCAGCAUGACACCACCUGCACCCUCCUCUGCUAGCUUGAAGAAAAUAAAGGGGAGCCUUAAACCAGUGAACUCCGAGAGAUGGCCAGUGUCCACUCAAUCCGAGGAGCCUAAUAAGUCUGGCAUGCCACUGAUUACCCCCUUUGCCCUGCAGAGUGUGCAGCUUCGCUCUGUGAAGCAGCCAGAAAACAGUGAAUUUAUUUGCUCCAAAUCUCAAGAAAUAGUGGCUGACCAGAUGACCAGUAAGCCCCAGACACCAGAGAAGCCUAAAAAACAAGAGCAUUCCUCAGUUCCUCUGGUUUCUUGCAUACCUUUAAAUAUAAAUGGAGAGAGUAAUGUUGAAGCCCAACAUGACUGUGAUGUAACAUCAGUGGAAAAAUUACAUUCUGAACCGAAAUCCUGCCUUACAAAUGGAUCCAUAGAUUUUGAUGACAGUAAGGCCACUGCUGAAGUUGAUGGUCAAGAGACUGACAUGUCACCACCAGUGGAAACACUUCAAAACACUACACCCAAGAAAAAGCCUCCUAUGAUUUCCAAAAAGCCAAAGGUUUCUCUCGCCUUUUCCUCCUUUUCCACACCUGAAUGUAAAGCAGAAGAGAAUUCUACAGCAUCCACAGACAAGGAUGUCGGUGAUUUGCUGAGUGCUCAGAAUAUGGUGGUAAUUAAUACAACUACAAAAGAAAAUCAGGACACCACACCUGUGCCAGAAGAGGAGAUAGAGAAUAAUAAAAGUGAAAUUUCUGUACCUCCUGAGGAGAUAGCAGACAUUUUUCCAACAAGUGGUGAAGCUCAGGAGUUUUCCCAGACUGUACUUGAUAUGGGCAUGGGAACCUCUGAAGGAGAUGGGGAAGAAUAUGGAGGAGAUGAUGAAAAUGUGACCAGCAGCACCGGAUCAGUUGGCUCCAAAGAUGAUGAAAGUGGUGAGGUUUUUGAGUCCAGCACCUCUCAAGGUCCCGGCAUCAACGGCGACUCCUGUAAGGAAAUGGUGACUCCCACACGGCCCAGAACCACAGAGGACCUCUUCGCUACCAUUCACAGCCUGGACCAGCUGGACCAACAUAUGAGGUCCAAGCGGAAAGUCCUAGGACGCCGUGAAUCCGAAGAGGACCGUUCACAAGGUCCUCUAUCACCGGUGACCCCUACAGGAAUAGUCCCAGGCCUGACUUCCUCCCUGCCUCGCCAGUCUGGUUCCAUCCAACGUAGCCUACGCAAAUCUGCAACCAGCAGUGACACCUUCAAGGCCCUUCUGCUGAAGAAAGGCAGUCGCUCUGAGACCAGCUUCAGGAUGUCUGCUGCCGAGAUGUUGCGCACUACCGACCCACGGUUCCAGAGGACUCGCUCUCUUGACUCCUCAUUUGACCCUGCAUCUCCAACUACACAAAAUGCUCACAGCCCCUUUGCUUCUCCGAACCACAGCAAGAGGGCGCCUGAGGACUGGGCACGCAAUGAGGGAUUGAUGCGAUGCUCACCAGGGUCACCUUUCUCAACAUCUCCAUCAAUAACUGGACCAAGGUAUGGCCGAUCCCGGACCCCACCCUCGGCGGCCAGCAGCAAAUACAAUGCCCGUAGUCGAAUCCUCAGCAGUCCCAUGACUGUUAUCUGUGAAAGGGAAGGAGAGCUUACUGAGAGUGGAGAGCACUGCGAAGAGCCAACCAUACCCCUUCCCAUCUCUCAGGACUCUAACAGCACUUUAUGUGAGCAGAGCAGCAGUUAGGAGAAGAAAUGGCUGUCUCUGUAGCAAAGGAAGAACGUCUACACAGCAUCAGAGACUGACCGACAGCAGAUGACCAAGAAAGGUUGAACUCUGUUGUGGGUCGUGCAGCCCGCUAUUACAAGCAGUGCCAUGGGUUUCCUGAUGUUGUAGUGUGGGCUAAGACAUGCUGGGAUCUGAGGUAGCGCCAUCAGUUCAAGUGGUCAGAUCAAGCAGUUGGCAGAAAACUGCUGUAUUUGUAGCUCAUCAGAAAAAAGUAAUCAACUUUCUGUGGCAAUACAAGACUCAUCUUUCCAAUGCCUAAUAAUAACUUUUUUUUUGUUCUGUUAUUCUGUUCUGCUUUUUUAGUUCACCAGCAGUAACUGCAGCGCACAGAUUUAUAUGGGGGGGGGGUUGGUGAAGCAGUUAACAAGCAUGUGAAAUGCGGUAAUGAAGAAAUUACUAUGUGACUAAUUGUUUUCGCUAGUAGUUCAAGUUGAUGGAUUAACACAGAUGCAGAAAGAGGAAGUCUGAGUGUGUCACACCUCAAACUUCACUUAGGCAGCUCUGUCAGCGCCUCUGUCGAUUGCUUUCGUACACCAAUCUUCAAAGACCUUGUCAGAGUUCAACAGAAGAAGAGCACACUGGUGAAAUCUACAAUAAGACUUUCUUAUAAAUCUCUGGUCAGAUUGUUUCAUCGGAAGUGUAAGGAACGCAACAGGAAUUGUCGAAAGAGGGCAGAGGGACUGGUGUUUGAGAAAAAAAAAAGGUUGUUUUUUUGGUGUGUAGGUUUGCACUGUUCAUUGUCUCCUUUUAAUUGUCAUUGUUCAGUGUUUGUUAUUUUAAAUGCAAAUAGUUCAUUCUGACAUAGAAAGAACUUACUUGAAAAAAAUGACUGGCUUUAUUUAUAAAUUGUUCUGGUUACCAAAGAGCCUAACAGGACACUCUAACUUGCUGUAUGCCCAGUAAGACUGAAAUAUGUGGGCAUUUAUUAAACAGAGAGGGAAUGUUCUGUUCUUGUAGCAUCUAUUGAUGAAGACAAGCUUUGAUGUAACCGAGGCUUAAUAACUAACUCCUCUCCUGUUUACCUGUCAAAACCUUUUCUUGUGCAGUUUUAUAAUGUUUUUAUGUAUAUACCUAAAGAAAUGUUAAGUAACAACUUAUUUUCAAAAGAAUUUGUACAUUUUAGAAAUCUUUGUUAGGAGUGGCUUACUUUUGUAGAGUAUUUAUUUUAGAAUAGCCUGAAGAAUGUGGCUUGAUAUACUGUAGCUGGAGAUGGUGUUUUAGUGGGGAGGUGAAUAAAGUGUGAUUAGACAGAGCCUCGUACAGUCUUUAAGUUUCAUUUUCACCACGGAUGGAAUUUCUGUCCUGUUCCUGCACCACCCCAAAGUGGAUUAGAAACCUGGAGAAAGAGACAAUGAACUGAACGAUGCUAAAGAGGAUGCAAGCUGCUAACCCUCUGGAGUAUGUCUGUGUAAUAAAACAUGGUGGUAUUUAAAAAUU